CCACUGAUUGAAUCUGUACUGGCUAGCUAUCACCAUCUUCCUAAUUGGCUAAUUUGAUAUUUGUUGGUUGGUGUUUUAGCAGCAGAAAAAGCAAGAGAUUAUCGAAAUAGUAUCAGGAAAAUCUAUCAGAGAUGGGUUCUGGGUUUUCUUCCUGGUGCACCACUCUUUGCCUUGUGGUUUCUGCUUUAAUGUGUGCUCAAGAUGGUGACGCCAGGAGGGUGGCAAAAUGGCAGGAAGAAGAUAAAGAUAAAUAUGAUCAUACUGAUUCUUCAGUUCAUAUUUUUUUCACCAUAGAUAAUCUGAAGACUGGGAAGUCACUUCCUAUAUGUUUCUCCUACCAAAGCUCCACCAAAUCUUAUUUACUCUCCAGAGAAGAAGCCAAUUCUAUCCCUUUCUCUUCAGAAAAAUUACCUUAUCUUCUUGAAUUAUUCUCCUUCUCCAAAGACUCUCCGCAGGCCAAAGCCAUGGAGUACACACUUAAACAUUGUGAGCUCGAGCCCAUCGAAGGAGAGACCAGGUUCUGUGCUACCUCCCUGGAAUCAAUGCUCGACUCGGCACGUGGCGUCUUCGGAUUGGACACCGAGUUCAAGCUUUUAACCACUUCAUCUCUCACAAAGCCAACUCCUUUGCAGAACUAUACAAUCUUAGAAGUGCCACAAGAAAUCUUUGCUCCAAAAUCUAUUGCAUGCCAUUCUAUGCCUUACCCUUAUGCAGUUUUCUACUGCCAUGGACAAGAGAAUAAAAACAGGCUGUUUGAGAUAUCACUGGGUGGUGAAGAUGGAGAGAAAGUAGAAGCUGUGGCCGUUUGUCACAUGGACACCUCACAGUGGGAUGCCGAUCAUGUGUCAUUUCGUGUGCUCAAAAUCAAGCCCGGAGAUUCUCCUGUUUGCCAUUUCUUUCCUUUAGAUAAUUUAGUUUGGGUUCCUUUGCCUACUUAAUUUAACCAUUAAUAUCAUUACUGUGUAGUGCUGUGUUUAUUGUCGACUGAAAGUGCUCAUUAGUACUGUGAAAUAAUGUUUUCUUAAAUUGCAAAGUGCUAUUUAAGUGUAUCGA